AUGCAGCUGGCCGCCUCUCCAGGCGGUUGUUGUUGUCACGCGUGUGCCCCGUCGCCUGCGGCCAAUCAACGGAGGACGCAGCCUCGAUGGGGUUUGAGCUCUCACCAGGCCAGUGCCGCUCCCAACCGCGGAGAUGGCGUGGGUAAGUGGCCGUGCUGAAGAUCGUGGAAGCGGGCUGCCACAAGGGCUUGUAACUACCUUCGCGUGGGCCUGGAGCCAAUCAACGCAGCCCUUUCGCUGAUUGGCCACACAAACGGACACAGUGGACCAAUGGCGAGAACAACUGGCCUCGACACUUGCGGCAGCAGCUUACAGCGCGCGCGGAGAGGCCUCUGUCAUGGCGCCGGAUGCACACUUGUCCGGCCGCCAGCUUUAUUUCCUUAUUCCGUACAGAAUAAACCCUCUUCCUCGCUGGCGUCCAGCACUUCUCUUACUAUUUUGGAGUGGCCAGGAGAUUGUAGUGACUAGGGUCCUUCGCAUCAUGACUCUGCGACACCAACGCCUGGCGGGCUUCGUUGACCAACUGUCGCGUCUUUCGUAACGGCGUCACUCCCAUGUGAGCACUUUCUAGGUGGUCACGCCUGGAAAAUACGAGCAUGCGCCUUCCUUUCAAACCCUCCAACAGGGCCUACUGGUUGCUUUAUUCCGUGGAAGAAAAAGACCAUGAAGCACAAUUUAUCACGCAAAGCCUGGAUGUUUAUCGGCUACCGUAGUCUGGCCUGCAAUUUGCAAGCCUCCAGCAUAUCCAGGUGAGAGCGAGGGGUCCCGGGGGGUGGAGAUGAUGACAGCCAGGCGAAUGCUAGAACGAUUAUCAACAAUCCUGUCAACGGAGGGCAAAAAAGCUCUGCAGGAGGCUUGGAGAGACCUGGAACAGGGGUCGAGGGACCUAGGAAAUCCACGCAGGUGACUAGGAGACAGGAUCACGUGCAACGAAGACAGGGGGCAGGACAGAAUGGGACGAUUCUCGAGGCAGCAAACAUUACUAAACGACGACGACUUCACUAUUCUUCAUUUGUUAAAAAAAGUCAAUUCCCCGCAAUCAUUUAAGAAGUGAAUUGACCGUGCUUGCAACCUUCAUAGGCCUUGUAUAUGCGAUUACUAGAGACACCGCGAAGGACGUUAGAAGGCAAAGUCAUAUUUGGUAUUUGGAUUUGUUGUUUGGAGAGUAGGGCAAGACUAAAAUACGGCCAGCCCAUCCCCUUGCAUUUGUGCUCCUGAGUCUCAUUGGUUAUCGAUCUCUUAAGUGAUACCUUCAACAGUAUAUCGAAUCAAUUUAAGUUCGAGGCUGACCCCGGUGACUAAAACCUUCAGGCCAAUCCCAAACAUAAAGAGAAGUUGAACAGCAGUAGAGAUAGCAGUGUAUUCUGUGCAGAAUUAAUGAAGGACAAGUUGGAGCAAGUUUGCAGCCUGACGAUGGCACAUGUCCAGCACAGGUAGAGCAAGUGUCAGAGAGUCGUCGGGCAGGCAUCAGAAUGCCUGGGUGGAACGGACUCUCAGAGUCGGCCUUGAAGUUGAUUGGGCAAGUUCAAUAGCUGUGAUUGGCCGAAAACCAGAUUUUCAUUGUCGCGUGCGCGAAAGUACGCCCUAGACGCGCAGUGUUGAAGCAAAUGCCAGAAAUGAGGCCCUUUGCAAGUGUUUUCUUCCUAGACUGGAGUUUGGGUGGAAGAUUUGGACGGAGAAGCAAUAGUUUAAAGGGCAGAAUGAGAAACGUACUAACGGUACCGUUGCUGGCAGCCUGGGAGGCUAUGGCUGGCAGGCAAGGGCCAAGAUAAUAAUUGUGAGUUCAAAUCUUUAAAUACAAAUAUAUAUAUAUAUAUGAAAACAGGAAGAGGUUCUUCGGAAAAAUCGAGUUGUACUCGUGAAUUUUCGAGCUGGUGACACCAACCCGUCGUCAGACGAAAUGAAAACAGGGGAGGAAGUUUGUUUGUCACACUGGACUAGUUAGCGCGACAGGGCAGACAGACUAUCGGCCUAUGAGAGGGAUGAUCACAAAGUCAUGGUAGGUCUCUGAGAGAGGGGGGAGGUGGAACAAUUAUGGAUGCCUGUGCUGGAGGGGGAGGGUGUAAUGGUGGAUCAAUUGGACUCCGGGUGGCUAAAUUGGCGGCCGUUGCUGUGACAUCAGGGCGGGGGGCAGUAAGUCGUGAGCGUAGGCCCUCAUAAUGGGCGUCCAGAUCAACAUGGCGGUUGAUACUACCAGCAUCGGAGUACCAAGCCUCGAGAAAUUCUCUCGCCCGUUUUGUGUUAGCCAUGGCGACGACCUCAGUGCCAUCCCAAUUGAAUCGGUGGUCACACUCGAGUGCGUGAGCAAAGACGAGGGACAGAGGGUCUCGCCGACGGACAGCCCGUUUGUGUUCGUUAAUACGGGUGCCCAGGCUUCGACCUGUAUGACCAACAUACACGCAAGAGCAAUUUCAGCACGGGAUGCGAUAAAUUACGUUUGUUAGUUGCUCUUUGGGGAGGGGAUCCUUGAUUCGAGAUAGCGCCGCGCGUAGUGAGGAUGCUGGUUUGUGGGCGAUGCGAAUACCAGAGCAAUUUAACUGCCGGGCGAUUAUUUCAGACGCUCCCUGCAUAUAAGGCAGAGAGAAGAAUUGUCGAGACACAGUUUCUCCGUUGAGGGUGGGAGCUUGCGGUUGUGCCUGGUGUCUGAGGCAGUUCUUUACGAAACUUGUCGGAUAUCCGUUGGAUCGAAACAACCGAUACAAGUAGGCAAGCUCUUUCUUAAGGAGAUCGGCGCUGUUGCAAUAACGAUAGGCCCGGUGGAACAGAGUUCGAACGCAAGCUCCCACCCUCAACGGAGAAACUGUAUCUCGACAAUUCUUCUCUCUGCCUUAUAUGCAAGGAGCGUCUGAAGUAAUCGCCCGGCAGUUAAAUCGCUCUGGUAUUCGCAUCGCCCACAAACCAGCAUCCUCACUACGCGCGGCGCUAUCUCGAAUCAAGGAUCCCCUCCCCAAAGAGCAACUAACAAACGUAAUUUAUCGCAUCCCGUGCUGAAAUUGCUCUUGCGUGUAUGUUGGUCAUACAGGUCGAAGCCUGGGCACCCGUAUUAACGAACACAAACGGGCUGUCCGUCGGCGAGACCCUCUGUCCGUCGUCUUUGCUCACGCACUCGAGUGCGAUCACCGAUUCAAUUGGGAUGGCACUGAGGUCGUCGCCAUGGUUAACACAAAACGGGCGAGAGAAUUUCUCGAGGCUUGGUACUCCGAUGCUGGUAGUAUCAACCGCCAUGUUGAUCUGGACGCCCAUUAUGAGGGCCUACGCUCACGACUUACUGCCCCCUGCCCUGAUGCCACAGCAACGGCCGCCAAUCUAGCCACGCGGAGUCCAAUUGAUCCACCAUUACACCCCCCCCCCUCCAGCACAGGCAUCCAUAAUUGUUCCACCUCCCCCCUCGCUCGGAGACCUACCAUGACUUUGUGAUCAUCCCUCUCAUAGGCCGAUAGUCUGUCUGCCCUGUCGCGCUAACUAUUCCAGUGUGACAAACAAACUUCCUCCCCUGUUUUCAUUUCGUCUGACGACGGGUUGGUGUCACCAGCUCGAAAAUUCACGAGUACAACUCGAUUUUUCCGAAAAAUCUCUUCCUGUUUUCAUUAUAUUGACUCGGAAUGCAUAACAUCUCUGAUCUACAUAUAUAUGUUUAUGUAUAUAUAUUCACGCAGGAAUGGGCGCACACCGAUCCAUUGGCUUCCCGAUGCAAACAAGCUUCGUAUGGGCGAUAGGGGUCACGAACAGGCAACCAAUUACCAGGCCGAAGUCGGCCAAGCUAUGAUAUCAGAGGGGAGAGACGACAGAGUCUGGGGGUAGAUUGAUACAGCACUGUUUCGGGCUUGUUUGCCUUCAUUCAGCCAGUCAUUACCCUGACCACCAGCUGGUAUCGGAAACACAAACAUGCUCUCAGACGCACCUGGCGCAGCUGACCCACCACUGGGGUCUACCAGAUGGGUCAUAGGCACUUCAUCGUACCGAAGUUCAUCAGUGCCGAAGUCGGCCAAGUCAUAAUUGCAGCAAGGCGUAAUAAGCCCGAAACAGUACUGUAUCAAUCUACCCGCAUCCUCUGUCGUCCCUCCUUAUUUAAACUGCAUGCCUCCUAUGUAAGGAAAAUCACGUAUCUCUACAUGCUAUUAAGAAGACUUCAUAUACGGCCCCUGUGUUUUUGCAGCGAAUAUGAACCAUGUUGUGUACUUUAAAAGCAGAAUGAAGUAAUGAACGGACAUGAUGUUUUAAUGGUUGAUUUAUUUCGGUCUCAAAACAUUUCAUACUAAUAAACAUUUUAAAAGAGAGAAAUGUCCUUUCUCCAAGUGGCAGUACGGGUCUUCCAUCGGAUCGCCAUUGCUCUGGAGCAUGUUUUGAAGACUGUCACCAGUACCCGCUUUGGCCUUUUCUAAUUCCUGCGCAUGCCUCAGGCAUCUUGAACGAUCGCAGAAAGAGUACUCCAUGACCUACGCCUUGUCCGAGCGUAUAAUAAUGACAUCUGGCUGGAAAGUGCAGUCUACAGAGAAUCCAAGCAACACCUUCAACGGCGUGUAUUAUUAGUGUUACCUUCCUCGCGUUUCGAGAAACCUAGUCAACUCAUCCGGCAUCCAUGCUCUCCGGUCGCGGCGACCUCUCCUCAGUAAAACGACUUUCUUACAGCCCUUUUCGUGCAUAGUGGACUUCAGUCACUAUAUUUAGAGUAAAUGACAGAAGCCCUGAGAACUCCAUUUAAAUGGUACCGGUGUGAGUGGAAAGAAGUUAAGUUGCGAAAAACUUUGCAUGUGGUUUGAUGUAUGGGAUUCAUAAAAGUGAUGGGAAAAUACAAAUGUGAAAGAGAUGUGGCAUUUGCAAGACAACGGUGAGAAAACACUUUUGGUGCAUUCGCGCUGGGAAACUUUCAUCUGGGUCAAUUUAGAUUUACACAAAAGGAUCUUUUGAAAUCAUGUUGGCAGUAUGUCGAUAGUCAUAGGCAUGUGUUAAAGGUUUGCAAGAAUGCUACCUCUAAUAAUAAUACAGUGGCAUACAUUUCCCGCCUGCCUGCGUACCUACGUUGCCAUCCAUUGAUCCACAGCAAAGGUUGUCAUUAAGACCGACUUCGGAGUACCCGACAUCGGGAAUUUGCAGCAUCAUCAUGACUGGACAGGACAUGGCACUCUGGAUCUCUCAGAUCUUCCGCACGCCGAUCACCAAAUCCUGAAGAAAAGGAAGAAGAAGAAGAAGAAGAAGAAGAAGAAGAAGAAGAAGAAACGGAAUCAACAGAGACGAGAGAAACCCAAGUGA